CGUCGCACUUUCGUGAAUGCGCAUGCGCUGAUGAAUCAGCUGGAUAGAGACGUAUUUUGUGAACAGGUCAAAUUCUUAUUCAGUGCUGUAAAGCGUCGAAGCGAGAGUAUUCACGCUAUUACUGCAGCGAAUUUAUUCUUUAAAUCAUCAUGUUGAAAUUAGGAGUAUUACUUGGAGCUUUUCUGGUGUUCUCUCAGGCGUCGGCAGAGUUUUGUUACAACGAUGUUGAAGGUGCUUGCAGUACCAGACCGAGCACAAUUGAUGGUCCGCUGCUCACCAACUGCAAUGCAAAAUACGGAUCAUUUGAGGUUCUGCAACCUGAACUUCAGUCUUAUGUCAGUGCUUACAUUGAGACGAGUUUUGAAUACUUGUUGAUGUCCACUCAUUUCGGAAAUUACGAGGCCAAUCGUGAAGGGUUCAAGGGACUGUACAGAAAAUUGUCUGAUAAAAAUUGGAACAAGGCCAUUGAUAUAAUCAAGUACAUUACGAAGAGGGGAGGAAGAAUGAACUUUAAUCAAAUGCCUCGUUUGAAGAGAAACACGAAAGAGCGUAUUAUCGAGUUAAACGAACUCAACAGCUUGGCGAAAGCUCUGGACACUGAGAAACAGCUUGCGGACGAAGCCUUCUAUAUCCACAAUCUCUCUCAGCAACAAAAUAAGCUGGACGCAUCGGUUGCUCAUUACCUGGAAGAGGAAUUCAUCGAGGAACAAGCUGAGAGUGUGAGAAAGCUUUCUGGGCACACCAACGACCUCAAGCAUCUCCUUGGGGAUCGUGAUGCCUCAGUAUCUAUCUAUCUCUUCGAUGAAUACAUCAAGUCAACCUUGUAAUUUCAUUGUUAAUGUUCAACCAAACGAACAAUACUAUUCAAUUUUCUUAUGUGAGAUUCCUCUAUCAAUUGCGAUCAACUUUUGUUUAUUAUUAUUAUGAUUAAACAAACAUACAAUUCUGUGUAGGAUUAUAUUUGAUGUAAUUAUUGUUUUAUUUGAUUUAUGAAUAAAAAAAUGAGUAUCUUGUAA